GGUGUCGUCCGUCGUCAAUCUUCGUUUAAAAUAUUUGUUAUUGUACUAUCAAAUAGCAAUUUCAUCAAUGAAAACAUUCUAACAAUUAAGAAUUAGUAUCUAAUCAGUUAUAAGUAAUUAGCAAAUCCAAUGGUCCCGUAGUAAAUCUCCCGUAUUUCAAUUGUUUUGAUGCCGUUCACCUAUAUUGAUUUAUCGUAUGCCAGUGACCUGUUUUUAGUAUUUGUAAUGUGUAACCCAUAAAUAAUUAAUAUUAUCAUUAGAAGCAACAGUAGGGCUAAUUAGAAAUGGACUUUUGAUAGUAAAUUUUUGGAUAGUAAUCGUUAUGAGGUCGAAGUUCGUGAGACUGGCAGGGGUACGCUAUUUUUUUGUUUGAUUUUUAUGAAGUGUUAUAAAAUUUGGUACGUUCCAAACGUUUUUAUAUCGUAAUGGUGUGCAUGUUCUACAAUGAUGACGCCUAUUGAGGAGAAGAAAGAUGAAAAGAUUCGUACAGGCAUGGUGCAGGUCUCGGAUGGCAAGUCCCGUCCGAGGCCAGCCCGGCUGGUGCUCACGAUGGAUGCGGUGACCGUACAGCGUGAGGCCCCAGUGCCUACACAGCCGAUUAAGGAUAAAAGUGUGCCCCAUGCAAGGGAGCGAAUGGUCCAAAUAACGCGGCAGAAAGUUGGAGGACUGGGGCUUAGUAUAAAAGGGGGUGCGGAACAUAAGCUCCCUAUCCUUAUCUCCAAGAUAUACAAGGACCAGGCUGCUGAUCAGACUGGCCAGCUGUUUGUUGGAGACGCCGUUAUUAAAGUGAACGGAGAGUACAUAACGGCGUGCAAGCAUGAUGACGCGGUGAAUAUAUUGCGGAAUGCUGGUGAUAUAGUGGUGCUUACUGUUAAACACUAUAGAGCUGCCACUCCAUUUCUACAGAAGCAAGCGGAUGGUGCAUCAGACACGGAUAGCAGUACCGGGGACGACCAUCCCUCGCUUCACAAUAAGACUGUUGACGCUAACUGCAAUACUGAGAAGAAUACCGAACAAACCAAUGGUGGAUGGCAGAGUGCCUGGGCGGAGGGCUCGGAGGGCAGCCGGCCGGGCAGCGCGGCGGGCAGCGCCACGGGCUCCGUGCGCUCGCGCCCGCCAUCCGUCGCCUCCGACGCACAUACUGACAACGGGAAGGAGUGGGUUGAUGUCGUCUCAGUACCUUUAAUGAUGGGCUAUGUAACGAGAUAUGUAUUGGGAACUGACAAGCUGCGACCUGGUGCUUUUGAGGUCCGUGGCGCUCGGCCGCAUCUGACGACCGGCGUCAUACAUGCGGAAGAUCCCGCCGCGCUUUCCAACUGGCUGAAGAGCAUCUCUGACAACAUCGUGGGACUCACUAACCUACAGAUGAAGUUGUUCAACCGUCAGCUAGGCGUGGGCGAGCGCAUCGAGUACAUGGGGUGGGUGCACGAGGGCGUGCUGGCGCCGCAGCAGCCGUGGCAGACGUACCGCCCCAAGUUCCUCGUGCUCAAGGGGACCGACGUCAUGCUGUUCGAUGUGCCUCCCAUGAACAUAACGGAGCUAGCCAAAUGUCCAGAGACCCUGAAGGUGUACCAGACAAUGUUCCGCACGGUGAAGGAGAGCGAGACGGUGGACUGGCGCCAGCACUGCUUCCUCGUGCAGUCCAGCGCCGCCGGGCCCGCCGGGGCCGCGCCGCCCGGCCCGCGGUACUUCAGCGCCGAGACCAGGCGGGACCUGCUCCGGGUCGAGGCUGCCUGGACUAAUAAUAUUGUUAGCUCUGUGGUUAGGCUUGGGAAGAAGACGUUCACGGUGGUGCACAUGGGCCGCGCGGCGGGGCUGACGCUGGACUGGGCGGCCGGCUUCUCGCUCAGCGAGGGCACGCCCGGCGCCAAGCCCGUCUGGGCGUACAGAUUUUCUCAGCUCCGAGGGUCCAGCGAUGACGGUAAAUCGAAACUGAAACUACACUUCCAAGACUCGGAGACCAAAGUUAUAGAAACUAAGGAAUUAGAAUGUCAAAUCCUGCAGAGCUUACUGUUCUGCAUGCACGCGUUCCUGACGGCGAAGGUGGCGUCAGUGGACCCCGCCUUCCUCGCGUCCAUCCAGCAGUCCAACUAGACCCGCCGCGGUAACUAUACGGUUCAUUAUUCCUUGAGCUUACACCCGUCGGUUACGACAGCACGGAGGACUUCUACAUUUUUCUCUGAGAAGUUUGUCGUGAAAAUGUGAACAGUGCGAGAAUGAUAGCGAUGCAUAAGCGAAAUAAAUUAACGGUUACUAUAAUUUGGAGAUCUAAGUUACCUUUUAGCGUUUUGUACAAUUCUUUUACUCCCGAGCCUUUUUAAACGUAAUUUCAUUAAAUGGUAAUUAGUUACAGAAAAAUAGAAAUUCGCUGUACUAGCGCAAUGAAACAGUUUUAUAAAAUUUUAUAAGUACAUUUGUAGAUAAGUAGGACGAACUCAAGUUCAUAGGGUGACAAAGUAAAGCUAAAAAGCCGCAAAUGGUUUAUCUUACUGGUUUAAAAUUAUAUUACAAAAAAUAUUACCACAUUGUAUUAUUAUGAGAGCGUAAUUUAAAUAAAUCGAGUAGUAAAGAAAUGGCAUAAUUUGGGGUUUUGCGCUCAAAACAAUUCCAAUCAUUAUUUUAGGGAUGAUUGAGUUUAAAUAUAAAUAAUAUUUUAGUUAGAGGCCUAAACGUCGAAUCCAAACAGCGAAUGUUGAAAGACUAAAACAAAAUGUUGAUGUAGCACUGUUGUCCCUUACAAAUCUAUUUUUGAAUCUCUCUGCUAUUGUUAUAAGGGUAAAAUUCGUAAAAAUGCAAAUUUUACAAUUUAUCUUGCCCUAGUCUUCCCUGUACAUACUCUAGAUUCUUCUAUUUACUAAUUGCUUGGAGUUUUUUUUAAUGAAUUUUUUUUUUCCUGAAAACGAUUUAAUGUUCAAAUAAUACGCGUUUUGAAACUUUGUGCAUUUUUCAGAAUAUAUCUGGAAGUGUGUGACUUACUACUAUCAAUUUACAUCUCGAGUCUUGUCAUUUCUACGAUCUUCCUAUCUCUGCACACUUCCCAAAUCUUUACAAAUAUUAUCAGUCCAAUAAAUCUAUUAAUUUAAGGUUGUCCAUUCCGAUCCAAAUUCAUAAAAAAUACUGCAUAUCCAGAGUCACUUUGUUAAAUUUUAAUAUCUCUAUCUUAACAAUGACGAACGACAAAUAACUAUGUAUAAACAACUUGCUAAUUAUAUUGUAUAAUAUCCUUGUGAUUUUAAACUACAUUGUAAAACGUGUUCUUAAACAUAAUAGUUUCAGAAAUGUUAGCGAGACGCUAUUUUUUAUUGACAAGAUUUCAUUUUCUCUUUCUCGGUUUCUCAUUCUUACAUUCCUUCUUUAAUCGCGAUAAAUCUGAUUUUGUACCGAUAAAAAAUAUGAUUGUUAAAAAUAAUACGUUUUUAAACCAAAAGAAUCGUCGAUCGCUUUUCAAUAAUAUUUCCACGUCCUUCAACCAAAUGAGCGAUUAUUAAUUAAAAUCGCUUGACAAUCUUCAGCUCAAAACAUGAGCUCAGUUCAUGAAUAAUAUCAUCGCAUUAAAAGCUUAUGUUUAUAAAAGAUAAAAUUAUUGGAGUCGGUUGUCCGCCCAAAAGUACUCAUAAUAUUGCGUGAAAAUAAUACUCUGUAACUACAAUGUAGCGAAAUAAGAACUAUACUCAACACACCAAAGAUUUUUAACGUUCGAUUCAAUAUUGUUAGCGGUAGACAUUGUGUACGUGAUAUUUUCUCGAAAGAGGCUAUUUAACGACUGAAAAGUAUCGAAGGUUUUAGCACAGACAUCGUAUUAAGUCGACAGAUGACGGAAUUUCUAUAAGGGCCGGCAACCGUCCGGCUGUAUGCCGCGGCACAGUAUUUUAGGUGAUGAAUGAAAAUGUUACUUAGUAGUAUGGUAAUAAUGUUGAAAUUAGAAUGUAUGUUUGUGUCCGGCCCUUAAAAUUAAUUUGUCUUAUGACGUGUUCAGUGGUAACUAGGGCUGUCAAGUCAACUAUCGACAUUAAUAUGAUAUCUUGGCUAAGCAUGUAGAGCAUAGUAGUUAUAUUAUUAUAAAAAUUAUGAAACAUUUUAAAUUGUUUGAAAUUGGUAAACUUUGCGCUUGCUUCAUAUCAUUAAAUUUAAGUAAAUGAAUUAUAUCGUCGCCACUGAUAUGUUAUCGAAAUCAUAGAUUUUCCUAUACAGGGUAUUGUUUAGUGGCUGUUUAAUGUAUGAAAAUAGAGUUUUAAAUUAUAUUAGACAAACAGGAAAUUAUGUGCUUUUUUUAUUAGAUACUGAAGUCAAACUUCUGUAGAAAAACAUAUUUUUUGCUUCUACGGCUUAAGAGACUUAAUAUUAUUUUAGAAUAUUCUUGAAAAGUACCUUAAACAGCCACUUACUAAUCACCACUCUAAAUAAUUUGUUGAUAUAAAAUGUUAUAUUUUAUCUGUAAAGCAAUCUGCCUUGAGGCUCUAUUAACAUAGUAUUUACUAGAUUUAUGUGUCAUUUUAACGGAUAAAAAUAUUAUUUUAUUAAUCAUUUAUAUAUAACACUGUACUAUAGUAUAUUGAUUUGCGUAAGAAAUCGUCUGGAUCACAGUUUUAUGAGUUUAAAUAAAAUGUGUUUAAAGAUAUAGUGAGUUGAAAAAAGUAGGCUCCUAAAAAGGUGGGUUAAGAUGCACAUUAUUAACUUAAAAUUAGUGUAUAAUUAGGCCCAAGUUUAGGAGCAACAUUAAAUCGACUAGUCUUCGUUAGUCGACAAUAAUAUGUACUAACUAGACUGAUAUUUGGAAGCUAUAUAUUGUACAAGUAUCGGGUCAACUACAUACCAUGUCGAUAACCACUUAUCGACUUUUGUCAAAUCGAUAAAAUAAAUAUUACGUUUACCAACAAAAUGAGUUUACGACCAGACUGUUUCUUAUAAAUAACUAAAUGAUUUAACACAUUUAUUUAGAUGUAUACCUAUAAAGUAAUUGUUGAAGUAGGUGUUCGGCUAAAGAAUUUUAUUGUUUCAUUUGUAUAUUGUAUAGUUGUUUGUAUAAAGCCUUGUGUACUGUCAAUUUGUACUAACGUCUAUGAUAAUUACGGUAGUGGUCGGGUGUUAAAUUAGGACUAUAUCUUUCACAUGCUCUUCUUGUAUUUCCUUCGCGAUUUGACAACGAUUUUAAUUUCCUAUAGAAAAUUAUUAUAGGCCUAUUAUUAAUGGAUAUGAGAGGGGCCUAAACGGUUUUUAAAACCCCCUCAUGUAAUAUUUAUACUUUGUAUUUAAAGUUGUUUUUUAUCGUUGACAAGGUGUGUGACAGAUAUGGACCAAUUUUGUAUGUAAUCAGUAUUACAUUAUACCUAUAUUGAAACUUCAGGCAUAUGUGCACAUUUAGGAUUUUAUUUCUUCAUUGUCAUAAUAACUAGAACAUUACUCAUGUAUUAGUUUCGUGGAUAUUAAUGUCGAACAUUAUGGGAAGUAGGUGAAUAAUUUCGGUAAUGGAACGGUGUUUAUGUGCGAUGACGUCAUCGCUCCCGCGCGUACGCAGCUGUAUGUAGGAUAUUAUACUCAAUAUUAUAGAUAACGUGAUUGUCAUAAUACUCCUCUAUUGAGACUGUAAGUUUACCCUAGUUUGUUAUUUGAUAUUUUGACUUAUUAAUAUAUAUAUUUAUGUUGAAUAAAAUUGCUUAUGUUACGAUUAGAUCUUAUUUUUUAAAUAAUUAAUAUUAAAUGCUCAGAAUACAUUUCAUAGUACAUCACCAUAGACAUUGCAUAUACUUUUCCAUCACCACAUUCACAAUUGUAAUAUAUUAAUUUUUAAGUAGGUAUGAUCCGUAUUUUACAUGUAAACAUACUUAGCAUACGUUGUGUUAGUUAUUUUACUUUGAACUCGUGUGUAAAUGUAAUAAUUACUGUAACAGAUCAAUCGAUUAGUCAAUUUAGAGAAAAUACUCAAGACUGAACUUGGAUGUUGUGCGCGAACAAUUUAAUUUAGACUCAUGCUUCAUACGAGGGCCGUUUUGUUAGGUAGCUACGGGUACGGCAUUUAUGAAAUAUACUGGUAAAUUACAGUUUCUAAACCAGUACAAAUGAAUGAUACCUAAACGUUGAAAUGGGUACUUUCAAUUACAAGUCAUUAGGUUAUUAAAUAAUAAUUAACUUCCUGCAUAAGAGUCAAUUGAAAUACUAAUAAUUAACAAAGUCAAUCGUUGAAACUCAAUUAAAUAUACACCCAAAUAAUUGUCAAUACAAACUCAAUAGUACCAGUGCGCCUUCAAAACUGUCCUCUGUGUAAUAAUUUAGUUUAGUCAUUAAUCGAUUGUAGCUGUAUUUAACGAGUUACAUCUAAUAACUUCAAAUAAAAUUAAAAAGGCUGAAGUUUAUCCAACGCUGGUUUACUUUAUAAUCUCUAUCUAUGAAUCUUGAUUAUUGUGAUGCUUAUGUUUUUUUUAAGAUGAAUGUUCAUGUUUAGACAAGUCCUUAGUCAAUUUGUGUCUUACUAACUUUCUCGUUGUAAAUAAACUUCAGCCUACAAAAUAAUGUCGGCGUAGCAAUACAUCUCAGUUUUAGCGCAGAUUCAUCAAUUUAACUAUCCAAAGCGUAAGUCUCGUGUAACUACAUAGUUACUGUUGGGUAAGACAAUGCAAUAUCGAAAUUACCUAUCAUAGUUUUCUCAACAGUAGCUAUAAUUAAUUAUGGGUGCCGUCAUCGCCUUUAUCAAAAGGCCUUAUAAAUGUUACUUUUUUUGUUUGAAAAGGUUGUAGGCGAUGUUGGCCCCAUUCAUUUGAUCACCCGUCUCAUUAUCAGCCCGAAAGUGUAUAGGGAAUGUACCAUGUCUAAGUAGGUAGCGGCUAACGCCUAGUUAUUUAUACCUAUUGUUGAUUAAUGUAACUAUAUUGUAUCCAUUAGUAAAAUAUUAAUUCAAUUAA